UAUAUAUAUAUAUGAGUGAUAGUAAUGCUUAUAUGGUCACAUUGGUCACAAAGUUUUUGGCAAGGAAAAAAUGAGUGACUUGCAUGAUUAUAAGCCUGCAAUGGUUAUGUUUGGGCUGCAGGUUAUGUAUGCAGGGGUUUCUUUAACAACCAGAGCUGCUCUUUUGCAAGGAAUGAGCCCUAGGGUUUUUGUGGCCUAUAGGCAAGCCAUAGCUACCCUAGUCAUUGCUCCAAUAGCUUAUUUCACAAGGAAGAAGAGGAAUAGCAAAUGUUUGGAAUGGAGGAGCUUCUGGUGGAUAUUUUUCACCACUCUUAUUGGUGUAACAAUCUAUCAGAAUAUAUUUUCUGAGGGUCUAUACCUUGCCACGUCGUCCAUGGGAAGUGCAUUGGGUAAUCUAGUCCCCGCCGUCACCUUCGUAAUCGCAUCAAUCACUGGAUUGGAAAAGGUAGAUAUGCGUAGCGUAAGAAGUAUGGCGAAGAUCAUAGGAACAGUCUUGUGUGUAAGUGGAGCUGUGUCCAUGGCAUUUCUGAGAGGACCAAAGCUACUAAACACACAAUUCCUACCAUCGAAGUCUCUUUUCGCCUCAGAAGGAGGUGAUGAUUGGUUGCUGGGUUGUCUAUUUCUCUUUGCUGGCUGUUGCUGCUGGUCAGUUUGGCUCAUUUUGCAGGUCCCACUGUCAAGAUGCUAUCCAGACCACUUAUCGUUAACGGCAUGGAUGUGUUUCAUAGCAAUGUUACAAUCCGCAGCAGUUGCCUUGUUCUUCGACAGAGACCUUCAAGCUUGGAAUUUACAGUCAAAUCUUCAACUUUCAUGUUGUUUCUUUACAGGAAUAUCAUCAGCAAUCUCCUUCUUUGGCCAAGCCUGGUGCAUUUCACAUAGAGGUCCACUCUUCUCUGCAAUGUUCAACCCUCUAUCCACAGUUAUAGUCACUAUCUUUGCUUCUAUACUUCUACAUGAAGAGAUCUAUAGUGGAAGCUUGGUUGGAGCUGUUGCUGUGGUUAUUGGAUUGUAUACUGUGCUAUGGGGCAAAGCCAAAGAUCUUGAAGAAUUCCACGUGGAAGCAGAUCCAAAGCCACAAAAUGAUCAAACAACCGUGAAAAUCAUUGUGGAUCAAAUUGAUUUGGAGGAACCACUUUUGUCUGAUAAAAUCAACAGAAGUUGAUGGAAAAUCAGAUGGAUCAAUAAAAUGUUUACAAUUUCACUCAAAGGUGAAAUGCGGCAGAUCAAGAUUUCAGAUUUUGUUUUUGUUUUUGUUUCCUUUUAUUGUUUUGAGUUAGGAACAAAACAAGAUCUCCCUGGCAGAAAUUGUACUUUGUUUGGCGCGACCAUAAUUUUUUAUCGCCAUGUAUUUCUCAA